AUGUAUAAAAAAGCUAGAACUCUAGGACAAAAACCUAAUUGGUUGGGGGAUGAUACUUGGAAUGCUCUUCUGGAAAAGUGGAACAUGCCAGUUUUUAAACAGAAGUGUGAAACAGCUAAGAAGAAUCGGACAUCUGAAAAGGGUGGUUGCUUGCACACCGGAGGAUCUAUUAGUGUGCAUGAGCAUCUAUUCGAGCUUGGUCGGUCUGUGCAUGUUGAUGAAAUAUUUCAACAAACACAUAUUCGACAAUUAACAGGGGACUUCGUGGAUGAAAGGUCUAGACGGACUCAUGAACAAUUUCAAGCCAAAUUUUCUCAAAUUAGAUCUGAGACUGCAUCUGUUGGUGCCUCAGCAUCUAGCCCUCUAGACCCUGCAGAGGAGGAGAGAUUGAGAAACCAAUGUUGGUUAGAUGCUGCUGGUGGAAGAUACAAGGGACGUGUAUAUGGCAUUGGAAAUGUCAGUUCCCAAAAUGACUGUGUGGAUAGUUACAUCCGACAGACAUAG